CUAGCGCCUCAGGGGGGCGAUGUAAGACCCAUUAUAGCGGUUUCCGGAAAUCAAGGCAGAGUAACAAUAAUUUUCUCCAUGGUCAGGAGUCUCUACAUGAUACGGGGAGACAAUAGCGAACAAAUGAAUGAAAAUGAGCUUCGUGCGUCAUCCCGAGGAGUUGAAAUUGACCGGAAAUGUGGAGGAGAACUGGAAAUAUUUUAAACAAAGUUUUGAACUCUACGCCUUGGCUGUCGGGCUGGAGGCAGACGAGCGGCGGAAAAUAGCGCUGUUGCUAACGGUGGCAGGCCGCGGAGCUCUGGAGGUUUACAACACGUUUGUCUUCAGUGAAGAAGAAAAGAACAAAUACGACGCUGUUAUAGCCCAGUUCGACCACUACUGCACCCCCAAAAUCAACGAGACGUUCGAGAGGUACGUGUUCCGAACCCGUAUGCAGGGAGAAACCGAGUCCAUAGAUGAGUAUGUGGCGGACCUGAGACUGAAAAGUCGCUGGUGUAACUUCGGGACUCUGUGUGAUUCUAUCAUAAAGGACCAACUUGUGUUCGGAAUAAGGGACAAUGUAGUGAGAGCACACCUGCUGAAGGAGAGAGAUCUUUCUCUGGAGAAGGCCGUUAUCAUCUGCCAGGCCUUCGAAAAAGCAAUAGUUCAAAUAAAGACUCUUGGCAGACAGAGAGGGACAGCGGAAGUGGACACCACUAAAGCGGUGCCCGUGAAAAACGACCACAAACGGAGCAGAGAGUGUCAGUCCUGUGAGAGGUGUGGAUGUAAACAUUCACCGGGGCAGUGUCCAGCUCUGGGACACGAGUGUCGGAGGUGCGGGACGAAGCACCACCCGUCAAUCAGCUGCCCGUUCAAGGAAAAGGAGCACAAGCAAAGCGACAGUGAGGACGAGGACACGUCCGUCUACAUGGUGACUAUAGAGGACGAAUACGGCACUUCAGAGGAGGAGUGGGUCACACACCUGGAGGAGAACGGAGCAGAUGUUCCACUCAAGGUGGAACCUGCGAUCCGUGCGGAAUGUUCACAGAGACUGGAAUAUAAGUCCAAGGAUCUGCUGCUGUUGACUCAGCCUCAAACCCUGGAGCAGAAGAACUCGUCCAUGGGACUGGUGAAACGAGAAGCGUUCUGUGAGAUGCUAGCAGCUACAUCAUCGCCACAAGUGGACUGUCCGUCUCCACACGGCAUCUCCGUUUCACGAAAAUGGAAGCGGAACAACUCACAGGAUCCAUCGCUGCCCUACGUGAAGAAACCUCCCAACGCCUUCAUGCUGUACAUGAAGGAGCAGAGGCCCAGUGUGGUGGCCGAACUGGUCUGGAGUGACAACGCACUGGUCAACAGGAUCCUUGGCCAGAGGUGGAAGUCACUGUCCAGUCGAGAACAGGCCAAAUACUACGAGGAGGCCGAGAAGAUGAAGAAGCUCCAUGCUGAGAAAUACCCCUGGUGGUCGGCACGGGACAAUUAUGGUAAAAAGAAGAAACGUAUCAGGAGGAAAUAUCAUCCUGGCUUCGAAGAGUACGACCAUGCAGUACAACUGGGGGCAGAACCUGGUACUUUUAACGGUACUGACCAAUACAGGCUGGUGAUGCCGAGUACCGACUCACGUUAAGGAAGCAGGUGUAAAUCCCAGUCCCUGACCCCACGUCUGUAGAGAGUGGUGUGAACUCUGAGUGAGCCACGCUGCAGCUGCUCCGGCUUCACCGUCAGCAGAGGGCGCUGGCCUGCACCCACCUCUGAGGUGGUGACAUCAGCGUUGAAAGGAGAAAAGAUUCAGGUUCCGAAAGUUUCCCUGUUCUGGUGUCUGACCUCAAUGGCUGCCUCCUAAAGUUAUUUGGUCAAAUAUAGGGGGCGCUUGGACACACAGGGACAGCUCUGACCCGCUGCUGGUUUCCAUGGUUCUACUCCUGUGUAAAUGACAUGUAAGAAAUGUUUGUGUCACUUUUGUGAGUGAAGCACUUUGCACUGCAGUCAGUGACUGGAGACAAAAAGACAGAAACUAGCCGGUCCGCUGGCCUGAUUUGGUCUGCAGGCCACCAUUUGAGGACCACUGAUGUACCAGACACUCCAGCUCCUACCAUAUCUCUCCUGCAUCUCUGGUCUGCUACUCCAGGUGUCUUCUGACUCAACUUUUGUCAUUUGUCCAACUGAGAAUCUUGGGUAAAAUCUGUCUGAAGUGUGUCGUUCCAACAGUGUGUCGUUCCAAGUUCCUGAUGUUUUUAAAAAAAUGUUUCUGAACGACUAAUAAAAGACGUUUGGACUUAUUUUCUUAUCCUACAAACAAAUACCACACUUUACACCGUAGUACUGUUGGCACAGAGUUGUGUUUUUGUACUUGUUGACACUGUGUAUUUAAUGUCAAUAAAAAUGUCUUCACUGUUAACAAAGUGAACUUGGUCAAAAUAAAUAAAGUUGACAUUUCAAA